AUCAGGCCAGAGAAAUGGCACCGAGAGGGCGUGAGUUUGAAGUCAGGAACGUGCCCUCCUCGGAAAUGUCAAGUGCCAACCGGAUGGCUGAGGGUGAUCAUCAUGAGGAGGAUGCGGACGAGAAGCUGAUGAUCGAGAAGGUGUUCACGGACACCCCCAUCCCGAACUGGAGGCAGCAGCUGACGUUCCGGGCCAUGGUGACGGGGUUCCUGCUGAGUCUGGUGUUCAACUUCAUAGUCUGCAAGCUCAACCUCACCACGGGAGUGAUCCCGUCGCUCAAUGUGGCUGCUGGCCUCCUCGGGUUCGCGAUGGUGAAGGCUUGGACUACUCUCCUCGACAACUUUGGCCUCCUCAAGCAGCCCUUCACUCGCCAGGAGAACACUGUGAUCCAGACUUGUGUCGUCGCAUCUUCUGGGAUUGCCUUCAGCAGUGGGACUGCAACAUAUUUGUUGGGAAUGAGCUCGAGCAUAGCCGCACAGGCUGAAGGAGGGAAUACACCAGAAAACAUUAAAAAGCUCCAUCUAGGUUGGGUUAUCGGGUUCCUGUUUGUGGUCAGCUUCGUCGGGUUGUUUUCGAUUGUCCCCCUCAGGAAGAUGAUGGUGUUGAAGUAUAAACUCACGUAUCCGAGCGGGACUGCGACGGCGUUUCUCAUCAAUAGCUUCCACACUCCUAAAGGGGCCAAGCUGGCCAAGCAGCAGGUGAGCAUGCUGUUCAAGAGCUUCUUCGGCAGCUUCCUCUGGGCCUUCUUCCAGUGGUUCUACGUAUCAUCGGAUGGUUGCGGCUUCAGCAGUUUCCCAACCUUCGGCCUGAAAGCCUUCCGGCAAAAGUUCUACUUUGAUUUCUCAGCAACAUAUGUUGGGGUGGGAAUGAUCUGUCCAUAUAUGGUGAACAUAUCACUCCUCAUCGGAGGCGUGAUCUCUUGGGGCAUCAUGUGGCCACUCAUCGAGAAGCAGAAAGGCAACUGGUACAGAGCUGAACUCUCUGCGAGCAGCCUCCACGGUAUCCAGGGAUAUCGGGUUUUUCUAGCCAUUGCCAUGAUGCUCGGGGACGGUCUCUACCACGUCAUCGUCAUGCUCUUCAAGACCUCAACCAGCCUCAUCAAGAAAGCCUCCAAGUCCAAGGAAGCAUCCACCACGGGCGGCCCCACUGUCAGCUAUGAUGAUGAACGCAGGACACACUACUUCCUCAAGGACGCGAUCCCCAUUUGGGCUGCAGUAGUUGGGUAUGUAGCCCUCGCAGUUAUCUCCAUCUGCAUCAUCCCGAACUUGAUCUUCCACCAAUUGAAGUGGUAUCACCUACUGGUUGCCUAUGCAAUUGCACCGGUCCUGGCCUUCUGCAAUGCUUACGGAUGUGGCCUCACUGACUGGUCCUUGGCUUCCAACUACGGGAAAUUCGCCAUCAUCAUCUUCAGUGCCUGGGUUGGGCUCAAGGACGGCGGGGUCGUUGCCGGGCUUGCAGCUUGCGGGGUCAUGAUGAGCAUUGUUUCCACAGCCUCGGACCUGAUGCAGGACUUCAAGACGGGCUACCUGACCCUCUCGUCACCUCGGUCCAUGUUCUUCAGCCAGGUGAUCGGGACCGCGAUGGGCUGCAUCAUGAGCCCACUGGUCUUCUGGUUCUUCUACAGAGCCUAUCCGAUUGGAGACCCUGACGGGUCUUACCCAGCCCCAUACGCCCUCGUGUACCGAGGGAUCGCUCUUCUUGGAGUGGAGGGCGUGUCCUCCCUCCCAAAGAACUGCCUCGCCCUCGCCAUCACCUGCUUUGUGGUAGCAAUAGUGAUGAACCUGCUCCGGGACCUGCUCCAGCACUUCGAGACCAACUACGGGUUCUACAGGUACAUUCCUAGCCCAAUGUGCAUGGCGAUCCCAUUCUACCUCGGGAGCUACUUUGCGAUUGAUAUGUGCAUCGGGAGCCUGAUCCUUUACUUAUGGGAGAGGAGCAACAAGCAAAAGGCCAAGGACUUUGGGCCUGCAGUAGCAUCGGGACUCAUAUGCGGCGACUCAUUGUGGGGCAUCCCGGCGGCGAUUCUCUCCCUCGCCGGAGUUAACGCUCCAAUCUGCAUGAAGUUCCUCUCCGCCUCUGCUAAUGCGAGAGUUGAUAAGUUCUUAGAAGGAUAGGUGAUAUUAAUUAAUUCAUCAAGUUCAUGUGCAUAAUUCUUGGGAUCUAUAUAUGGUUUUUUAGUGCCUGGGUUAUUCAUAUAGGGGUAUAGUUGGUCGAGUCCAUAUGUCUAGUAUUUCAACUUCUGUAAAUUUGCUUUCUUCUAUUUUGGUUCAUGUAAAUUAUUUCGUUAUGAUUAAUUAGAAUUCAUAUUUUAUUAAUUAAAA